CGGUUCACUUGUAAUGAACAUUUUCAGUGCUUUAACUGCAGGCAUUGCCCUUUUUUUUACUUCACUGGAUUUGGCUAUAGGGCCGCUGUACACUUACCGUUACUGCAAUGAUUAUCAAUGUUAUGAUACGGGAAAAAAGUAUGAGACUCUCUUCAAGGGAAUCAGAGGUGUAUUGCUGUUAUUCACCUUACUUCAGUUUAUCAUCUCCAUCUGUUUGUCAGCAUUUGCUUGUAAAGUCUCAUGUUGCUGUUGUCCUCCUCCUCAGAUGCUGUUUGUUCCACAUACUUUAACUACACAGCCCUCUGAUAUCAGGCCCAAUCAAGAGCUUAACAGCUCAGGGAUACCUGUGGCCAACAGCUCUUCCAUGAAACACAAUUAUGAAGAACCUACAUACAGUAAUUGUGAAUAAAUAUUAAUUAUUAAAAAAAAAAGGUGGGCAAAGUUUGGUCCUGCAGGUGUGUGUGAUGCUUUUGUGGGUUUCCCAAUUAUUUCCUGUCCAUUAUCUUUAAUGUCCUUUCAUCAUUUUAUCAGAUAAUAAUUAACAUUUUUUAGGUCACAUAUUUGUAAACAAAAACUAUUCACGACUAGAUGCUAUUUCAUGAUUUUCUUUUUAGUGAAGUCAAGAACGUUGCAUAAUCAUCAGUGAAACUGUAUACAUUGUUUUGGAUAUCUAUAAUUGAUUCAUACCAUAUAAUCUGUAAGAAUAAAUUUCU